GGGGAAGGGAAUUUGGGAACCUAAGCUUUGAUUUUGGCUCUGGAGAGGCUCAACAACGUGACCCUUGAUUCUUAAACCCGAAGGCAUUUUAUCAGGAUUGAAAGAUCAAACAAACAGGAUUGGAGAUGGGGGGUCAGGAGAAGUCUACCGUGUUGAUAUAACUGGCAAUGGUGAUUUUGUUGCUGUUAAACGGAUUUGGAAUAACAAAAAGUUGGAGCAGGAAUUGGAAAAGCAAUUUCAAGCUGAAGUUAUGACAUUGAGUAGAAUUCAGCACUUGAACAUAGUGAAACUGAUGUGUUGCAUCUCAAGUGAGGAUUCAAUGUCAAGACUUCUGGUUUAUGAGUACAUGGAAAAUGGUAGCCUAUACCAAUGGUUGGAUAAGCAUCGAGCAUCAGCAAUAAUCUUGGACUGGCCUAAGAGAUUCCAAAUUGCAAUUGGAGCUGCCCAAGGACUCUGCUAUAUGCACCAUGAUUGCUUCCCUCCCAUUAUUCAUCGAGAUGUGAAAUCAAGCAACAUCCUAUUAGAUUCUGAAUUCAAUGCUAAAAUCGCUGAUUUUGGUCUAGCUAAGAUGUUAAUCAAACAAGGAGAACCUACAACAAUUUCUGUGGUGGCUGGUUCCUUCGGCUACAUUGCUCCUGAAUAUGCUCAUACAAGAAGAAUAAACGAAAAGAUUGAUGUUUAUAGCUUUGGAGUCAUCCUUUUGGAGCUAACAACGGGAAGAAAAGCGAGUCAUGGAGAUGAAAACAGAUCACUUGCAGAAUGGGCUCAAGAUUACAUUCAAGGAGGCAACUCAAUACUAGAUGCAUUAGAUGAAGAUAUCAAGGAAGGUUGUCACUUGAAUCAAAUGUGCAACGUCUUCAAACUCGGAAUCUAUUGUACUAGAACAUUGCCUUCAAUAAGACCCUGCAUGAGAACGGUUCUGCAAAUGUUACUCCAAAGCGAUCAUCCUCCUAAUUAUCAGCACAUGAAUGCUGAAAAGGAGUAUGAUGCGCCCCAUUUGCUUCACCAGUUGAAGGAUGGAAGCACCUCGGGUAGCAAUAAUGUUGAUUCACUAUAUAUGGACUUCAAUUGAAGUGAAAGAAAGAGACUAUGUCUCCUAAGGAGACAUUUCUAUGAUGAAUUUGAGGUCGGGAUUUCAUUGAAGAAUGGAUCUACUUGCAUGCUGCCAAGGCUGCAUCUCAAAAAGACAAAUAACCUUGACUUGGACAACUAGCGUGUAGUUAAUUGCUUACUUAUAAUAUAACUAUGUAUAUAAUUUGAGUGCAUAUCCCCUGUGGCCCUGUCCUUAUCGUUCCACUAUCAGAGAGAUGCCUUUUUGUUGUAACUCUGGAAUAUCAAUAAAAGGAAGCUUAGAUCCAGCCUAAUGAA